AUGUGUUUAGUGUGUACGGUCUUGUUUACAAAAAUUCACUGAUAGUCCGAAAGUCAGUUAAAAGAAAUUGUUUGCAACAAAUAUGCAGGAAGUCUUAAACCUUCAGCACCUUAAUCUCCUUCAGCCGAAGAAGAAGAAAAAACAGAAGAAGAUUCAUGGCCUGAAGACAGGAGUAUUCAGCCGCCUUCGAUUUAUCAAGACAUUCGAAGAGGAUUUGGAGGAGCUAACAAUGGAAUCGUCCAUUUUCGAAUUGUAUGCUCCGCGUGUGCUGAGUUCUUGUAGUACACCGCACAGAAUGCCCGAAGAACCUCUUAAUGUCGAUCCAUAUACUCGAUCGGUUAAGAUACCUGGCGUGGCUCCAUUCUUCACUCAACCCACGCUUCCACAACGUUUUCCAACUGUAACCAAGAAGAAAAUAGCUAUCGAACCAAUUUAUCCAUCACUGAUACCGUUGCUUAUGACAGCCAAAUUCGCUCGCAUCGACAUAAGACGCUACGACGUCGUAUGUUUAAGAAAUUCGAUAAGAAAAAUUGCUGCCAACGACGAGGAUUUCGUUAUAAGUGUCGUCCGAAUCAAUUCAACAUUAUUUCUCAGACGCUUCGCGAAACAUCAUGUAAGGAACAAAGCUGAUGUUGGAUUUCAGUUCGAAGAUAUGUGCACUAGUCAGAGCCACAGAGAUUUUGAUUACCACCAGUUGAUCGAGGGGCAAAUUGCCGAAAAUCGAAUUUUGAUGAUGGGUGAAGUUGACGCCAUUAGGAGAGAGAAUGGGGAAUCCAUUGAGCUGAAGAGUAAGAAAUCUAAUGUAACGACACAGGACAAAGUUGAUUGGUGGCUUCAAUCAUAUCUGACUGGAACAAAGUCAAUUAUUUUUGGACGUCGUGACAGAGACGAUGACAUGGUACUAUCAAAAACUGAAGAAUUCGGCACAGAAUCAAUGCAGGUGGACCGAAACAGGAAAAUGAAAAUGUUCAAUCGCUUGAGUUCCGCUCUGAGAUUCCUAUUUUCGAACGUGGCCACCGGACAAAGUUAUAUGUUGCGCGGAUUUAGAGACGUUCUGACACAACAGCGAUGCAUGCAAUUGUUUGAAGUUAUUGACGAAGCCGACAAGCAAAAAUUGACCUUCAUAACGGACGAGUUGAUCGACAGGUUCUCUGUGUAGAUUAACUUCCGGUUGGUCCGAAUGAUUUUGUAAAUUUUGGAUUUUUUCCGAUUUUUUUUUCUCACCCAUAAAGGACAUGAGCGAAUUUG